CGUACUGUUUAGUCAUUCAAUUAGACCGAAGAAAGUGAUUGUGUUUAGAUAACGAGGAAAACGAUAGUAUUUGUAUUUUAACUAGGUUACUAGGCAUUAGGAAAUUAUUUUCAUCAGAAAAUGAGUGGUAAAUUCGAUUAUUCCUUCUGUUGGUUUUUAACUUAUAGCUAAACUGUUGUAAAAAGCAGAGAAUAUUGUAAGGGCGGUGUUGAUAAAUAAUAACAAUCAGUGACCGUCAUAAGCAGGAAGUCGUAUUUUCAGCGAAACAAAGCAGAUUCUUAUUCAACAGGCUUGUGGAAAAUCAAGAUGAAAACAAUUUGUCUACAGGUUGUGAAGUGCCUGCUAUACCUUUUACUGCUGCUGGUUUUUAUUCUGUUCAGCUUUGCUUCCCGUGUGCUGUUCGUGUGAGCUUUUGCUCCCGAUACAUUUUUUUAGCUUCACCUCUCAGUCGAUUACAUAGCAGAAAAAAUGCCUUCCUCCUGAUCUUGAGACCUAAACAAACGACAAAACAAGGGGACAGUAUCAAUUCCCAGUGAAAAAUGUUUGAACCAUCGAACUGUGGAUAAAUCUUUUGCCAUAAAUUAUCGCUGCGCAGCACAAGCGUAAGAAGCGCUCGCGCUUCUUAACUUUUCUAAUGGCUGACGAUGACAUCAGAUCUGCCGUUCACUCGAUGUAUGCAAGCCACUACCAACAGUAUCAACCGUAUCAGUCACAAUUCGCCACAGCGCAGCCCGGUGUAUCGACAAUGGCGGGACGCACAGGGUUGCCGCGAUCUCAAUCUCACAUGGUUAACCUGUUGAGCGAGGACUUCAUUGCUGGCUACAUGGACGAGGGUCGUAUGUCCGUGGUUCGUCGUUUCUUCUGUCUCUUUGUCACAUUUGAUGUAGUUUUUAUUUCGUUACUGUGGAUUAUUUGUGUUAUGAUUACCGGCGACAAUAUUGCUCAUGCGUUGCAAAUACAAGUGAUUCAUUAUACUAUCUAUACCUCUCUGUUUGAUGUUGUCAUAACCGCGUUGUUACGGUUUCUAAUUUUGAUUCUUUUCUAUGGAUGUUUCCACCUAAACCAUUGGAUUGUGAUUUCUUUUUCCACUACCGGUUCCUGUGGUUUUUUAAUCUACAAAGUAUUCAUGUACAAUUGGACAGCAACUCCUCAACCUGUCUUCGAAGUUUUGCUAAUCGUGGUGUCUUUCGUACUGGCAUGGGGCGAAGCUUGGUUUCUAGACUGCAGAGUUAUCCCACAGGAGCGAUAUGCCAGAAACUAUUACGUUGCUGUUACCAACCCUACCACUACGGAUGUGCACACUCCACUUCUGGCUCCAUUCUUGAAUUCAGCAAUGUCCGGCAGAACCGAAAGUGUUGGAAACUUUUAUUCACCAUAUGAUUCUAUUCAUAACAGCGACGACGAAGAAGACGAACAGGAUGAAGAAUUUAAAAAAAUGGGCAGCGAAUGCGUUCGAAAGGCGUACGCUCUAUUAGAAUCGACCGAUUGGAAGCUAGAGAAGUUGACUUCCAAGGGGGACACAAUCCAAAGCUGUACUCAGGAUAAACUUGGGAAAAUAUAUAGAUUAACAGGAAAAAUUCACUAUCCUGCAAGAAAACUGCUACAGGAACUGUAUUAUAAAAUCGAAGACGUGCCCAACUGGAAUCCAACGCUGCUAGAGUCGAAAAUUAUUCGGAAAAUCGACAGCCACACGGACAUCUCGUAUCAGGCGACGGUCGGUGGUGGGGGUGGCGUCGUUAAGUGUCGUGACUUUGUGAAUCUUCGUUGUUGGCAUCUGUGCCGUGAUGGUCGUGUGAUAGAAGGUAUUGAUCUGUUUCCGGCCGACCCAAAAGUUAAAGUCCCGCUGACACCCGUUACCGAGGAGGCCGACGAUGACGAUGAGGAAGACAACGAUAGCGAAGGGCUGAAUGGUGCCAGCGAUAGCGAUGAGCAGAGCAGUGCGCCAGCUCAGCAAUCGUUUACCAAAUCUUGUAGUGAAUUUAAGUUAGGCAGCAGUAGUAGUGACCAAAAGACUAAAGCGGCAUUUUCGACGCUCAGCAAAAGUCUUGGUGCGCAGGACUUUCAGUACACUGGAAGCGGAAGCGGUAAUUCCGAUCCGGAAGACGUGUUUUCCGAUGCGUUGACUGAGCACCAGGAUAGACUCAAAGAGGCGGUAGGCCAUGCUAGAAUAGGUAAGGAUAGAAAACAGAAAUCCGGUGCAUGUGAACCCCAAAAAGGCGGAAAUGUAUUUGUUAGUGCUGCGAUCAGUAUCGAGUAUCCGAGUGUUCCCGCUACAACCAAGUAUAUUAGAGGGGAAAAUAAAGUUUCUUGCUGGGCUAUGCGGGAAAUCGAUAAUCAAAAAGGAUACUGUAUUUUUGAAUGGUUACUCUGUUUGGAUCUGAAAGGAUUUAUUCCACGUUACGUUCUAGACACUGCCUACACAACUCUAAUGCAAGACUACAUGAUACAUCUCCGCAACUAUGUGGCAGUACUUCGAAGUCAAGAGAAAGUGCCUGCAGCAAACGCGUCCACAUACUCCCGGAUAGGUGCGAAAGAUUCCGCUGCUGCUAAGCCCGGAACUUCUUAAUUUAUUUAGUCAAUUUAAGGGCAGUAGUGAUUUAGAUGAGAACUGUAGUCUGUAAAUGCAUUUUCCUUUCGAAUUGUAUGAUAAGUUUUAAAGUCAUCCAUAGUUCCAAUAUACCGUACGGCGAUAGAACAAGAAUUUGAUUUUACAAACCACUUAUCUGGCCAUUAGUCUACUGCUCUUCAGAACCAAGCUUUAUAACUAGGUUAGCGAAUUAUGUUAUCCGCCAGAUUUGCUUUCUUCCUUGCAAUAAUGUCUAGCAACUCGUAUGACAACAUUCGCAAUCAGACUAUUUUGUGUCGUAUUUUAUAUAUUGUGAUAUAAAUAAAUUUCACUAUUGAAUGAAGAAUAA